CCGACCGAUUCGCGAUGAAGGGAUCCCUCUGAUUCCCAACGGCCCCCAACGACCCCAACCCGCAAAGCGCUAUCUCGCUCCCGUGGCGAGAAAAACCGCUCACUGGCUCUUGGGUGUUUCAGAGCUUUCUUGCUGGUCCCCAACCCUCCCGCGCGCGAGGAUCCGCAUACAUAAAAGGUAAUCCACGUCUCACUCUGCCAAACAUGAAGGUCAUAACCUCCACUUUCGCCGCAGCGCUCUUUGCUGCGACCGCCGUCGUCGUUCAGGGCCAAAACACUACCUGCGUCGCCCAGGAUGCUUUCACUGAGUGCCUCAAAAACCAAAACAACCUCAUAACAGCCUGCGGGCCCACCGACGCCGCCUGUCUCUGCCGCGAAAAGAACCAGCUCGUCUUCUGCUACAUCAACUUCUGCUCCUCCUCCGCCGACUUCCCUGCCGUCACGUGCGCCCGCAACACCGCGUGCGCCCAGACCGGCGGGGCCAACGUCAACGCAACGAAUGCGGUGGGGUGGAAGGGGGACUGUGCGACCGUCAACGGAAACGCUGGGAACGCUGGGAGCGGUGGGAAUGGAACCGUCGUGACGGGGAACGGAACGGUUGUGCCCAACAACGGGACGAAUGGGAACGGGAACACCACCGGCCGCGGCGUUGGCGGUGACGUUUGCUUGGAUUUGAGUGGGGAGCUAGCUAGAAAAUGGGAAAGUGUAGAAAUCGAUAGCGGAGACAUCCCCUUCGUAUAUUAUGUAGAUCUUCCCCUCGACUUACGGCGUAGACUCCUGUACAUGCACUUAGUUCCCGUUUUUGGGAAUCGACAUACUGCGUGCAGAUUCGGAUGAUUGAGCCGUAUCGCUUUGUUGGCUACAGGUUAGCCACAUUGGGUUCCCUAGCCUAUCGUUGCCAGUCCUUCCUGCUUGGCCCUGUACUGCGUUCCCCUGAAAUUGCACGCAGACCGGGUACGGACGCACCUGGUACCAAUGGUGGAUAAUAAUGCGCUAUGCG